AUGAAGGCCUCAAUCCCCCAACUCUUAUCCCUUCUCCUCCUCCCCCUCUCCAUCCUCGCCGCUCCAACAGGCUCUCUCGAAGCCCGAGCAUGCACAUCCCUAACCGUCAUCUUCGCCCGCGGAACAACCGAGACCGGAACCCUCGGCACCGUCGUUGGACCUCCUCUCCUCUCUGCUCUCCAAUAUGCUCUUGGAUCGAGUGCUGUCACCAUGACAGGUGUUACCUAUCCAGCCAAUGUGGCCGGCUUCGUACAAGGUGGUGAUUCGGCUGGAAGUCAAACCAUGGCAAACAUGGUCACCUCAGCCCUCUCCAGCUGUCCAGAUACCAAAAUCGUCAUAGCCGGCUACUCGCAAGGAGGCCAACUCGUGCACAACGCAGCCAAACUUCUCCCAACAGCCACCGCGGCCAAGAUUAGCGCUGCAGUUAUUUUCGGUGAUCCAGACAACGGAUCAGCAGUCCAAGGCGUCUCUGCCGAUAAAACAGAUAUCAUCUGUCACAUAGGAGAUGAUAUUUGUCAACAUGGCACUUUUAUUCUGAUGCCUCAUUUGACUUAUGGAAUGGAUACCCCGGCCGCAGCGGCUUUUAUUAAGAAAGCUGCGGGUUUGUAG